CAGCCACAGGGCUUCUCGCCGCGUUGCACCAUGGGAAGUCCUUUCUCUCCGUAGCCAUAUUGAAGGAGUGAGCCUGUCGGCCCCAGUGGACUGAACAGCAAAGAUGGUGGCCGCAAAGAAAACGAAAAAGUCUCUGGAGUCCAUCAACUCUCGUCUCCAGCUGGUGAUGAAGAGUGGUAAAUACGUGCUGGGCUACAGACAGGCCCAGAAGAUGAUCCGCCAGGGAAAAGCCAAGCUGGUCAUCCUGGCCAACAACUGCCCCGCUCUGAGGAAGUCCGAGAUUGAGUACUACGCCAUGCUGGCCAAGACCGGUGUCCACCACUACAGUGGCAACAACAUUGAGCUGGGCACCGCCUGCGGUCGCUACUACAGGGUGUGCACACUGGCCAUCAUCGACCCUGGCGAUUCUGACAUCAUCAGGAGCAUGCCAGAGAGCCAACAGCAGCCCGAGAAGUAGACGCCCUCCCCUCAAAAGUUGUUAAAUAAAAGUUGGUUUAAUUUACACCA